UUUCAUGAUCCUCGUUUAUAUCGAUCAAAAAACGCCCACCAACUCCAUUUCUCCUUUCUCAUUUCUCUCUGAAAAAGAAAAAUCAAAGGAUGGCUAGCAUUUGUAAGCUCUCAAAUCCAUGCUUCAACUCAACUUCGUAUGGUAGCAGAUCUUCAUCAACACCUAAGUUUGUUGUUCAUCUUCGCUCUAGCACCUUUAAUCACAGACUGUCGGCUGGGUCUAAGUUAUCACUUGUUAUUAACCCUUCUAUUAGGGCAUCCUUGUGUGUCAAAUGCUCCCAAGCUGAUGGAAAUGGAAGCUCAGUGAAGAGAACUACUCUCCAUCAUCUCUAUGAGACGCAAGGACAGAGCCCAUGGUAUGACAAUCUUUGUCGUCCCGUCACCGAUCUCAUUCCAUUGAUUGACAGUGGUGUCAGAGGUGUAACCAGCAAUCCCGCGAUUUUCCAGAAAGCUAUAUCAACAUCAAAUGCUUACAAUGACCAGUUCAGGGAACUUGUACAAGCUGGAAAAGAUAUAGACAGUGUGUAUUGGGAACUUGUGGUAAAGGACAUCCAAGAUGCAUGCAAACUCUUUGAGACAAUCUACGAUAAAACAGAUGGUGGUGAUGGGUACGUUUCUGUUGAAGUCUCACCUAGACUUGCUGAUGAUACAGAGGGGACUGUAGAGGCUGCAAAGUGGCUUCAUAAGAAGGUUGAACGUUCCAAUGUGUAUAUUAAAAUUCCUGCUACUGCUCCAUGCAUUCCUUCCAUCAAGGAAGUCAUUUCACUUGGAAUAAGUGUCAAUGUGACGCUUAUCUUUUCUCUUUCAAGAUAUGAAGCAGUCAUUGAUGCUUACCUUGAUGGCCUUGAGGCCUCUGGGCUAAGUGAUCUCUCCAGGGUCACAAGUGUUGCUUCAUUCUUCGUUAGUCGAGUAGACACACUUGUCGACAAGUUGCUUGAGAAAAUUGGAACUCCAGAGGCUCUUGAUCUUCGUGGGAAGGCUGCAAAUGCACAGGCAGCUCUAGCUUACGAUCUUUACCAGAAGAAAUUUUCUGGUCCUAGAUGGGAGGCUUUGGUAAAGAAAGGUGCCAAGAAGCAGAGGCUAUUGUGGGCCUCAACUAGUGUUAAGAACCCAGCGUAUCCCGACACUUUAUAUGUGGAUCCUCUGAUUGGACCUGAUACUGUUUCAACAAUGCCCGACCAAGCUCUUCAAGCAUUUAUCGAUCACGGUUCUGUUGCAAGGACGAUUGACGCAAACUUAUCUGAAGCAGAAGGUAUCUACAGCACCCUCGAGAAGUUGGGGAUUGACUGGGUCUUUGUCGGGUCUCAGCUUGAAUUGGAGGGUGUGGAUUCUUUCAAGAAGAGUUUUGAUAGCUUGCUUGACAGUUUGCAGGAGAAGGCAAACACACUCAAGUUGGUGAACCUGUAAAACAAGUUGUUCAAUUUGCUAGGAGAUAUAAUGACUGAAUAAAUGACAAGUUCUGUUUAUCUGAGUUUUCUGCAUUGUAAUGUAUAAUCAGAGGAUAUUUGGUGGUAAUACUUUUCUUGGUGAGAAAUUUGAUACUGGUUUGGAUUUUGUGGUUAUCAAAUGUCAACUUUAUAUCCUUUCUA